AUGCCAUUGUUGGAUGGGUUUUAUCGACCAAAAAGCAUGCACUGCGACGCUUCAGGCCACGUUCCAGGCGUGAGCGCGAAGAAAGGGCUGGCGAUGGGGAGAGCAGACGAGAGCAGGGCAAACGUGUGGGUGGGGAGGGCAUCUGGAGCCAUGGUUCAUGACUGGUGGACAUGGCAGUGGUUGCGACAUGGAACGGCUUUGGAUGCCCCUUGGUGGGCUUGGGUCCGAGGCAGCGAUCAGCGGUCCCGGGCGAUCAGAAAGUCGCGUGUUGGAUCCAUCCAUCCAGCGGCGAGCGGGACCAUGGCCGCGAAGCCAAAAGCAAGGCAGGGAAGAAAAAAAAGGAGGAUUGCAGGCACAGGCACGAGGACGGGGUGCGUGUGCGUGUGCAAGGGGCCAGGUAAUGGUCAUGUGAUGGAUGCGAGGAAAGGGAAAAAAAAGGGAAGAAAAGCCGUGCCAUGGUCGUGUCAUGGUGGUGGAUGGGUGAUUGGUGGCCUUGCCUGCUUACUACCUGAGAGACGUGCACGUCCACACAUGUAUGUAGCGGCGGCUGCGACGAUACACUACCACUUGGCCAUGCACCCAGAGUCGGCCCGCCAAGCAUCAAGAUGGCGGCGGCGGCGGGCGUUUACACAGGCUGGCAGCUGGUGGUUCGGAUCAUGCGAACAGUACUGGGCGCAUGCAGGGCCAAGCCGGGGGAAACAGUUUUACCAGCGAGCAGCGUCGAGGGCGUUCAGAGGCCAGGACGGCCGAGAAGACAGCACCGAAGCAAAAGCCGUCGCAAGUCGAAGGCAGGCCGUCUUCUGGCGUCAUGGUGCAUGCAUUGACGGUGGGAUUGGUGUGGGCGUAACAAAAGAACCCCCAAGCCCGGCCACAAGAGUGCAUGGCCUGACGCCCGGGGCACAAACUCUGCCUUGGGCCUGUCCGCUAGCCUGUUUCAAGCCCGUUCAUGGCCGCCGACCGUGGGCGAGGGCGGGAACCGACGGUCCAUGGCAUCCAUCAGCCUUGUGCCUCACUGGGCCCGGCAGCUUUGGCCAUAGCAUGGGAGGGAGGUCGGGGAGGGGGGGAGAAGACGAGGAAGCGAGCAGGAACAGGGGAUACGAAGAAGAAAGGGGGGAGACGAGGAAGAAAGAAGCAGAAGCAGCAGCCUCCGACGUCGCCGUUGCCGAAGAACAAGAAGAAGAAGAAGGCUAA